AUGUCAAACUCAAUCAAUGAUGAAAAGAUUCCAUUAGAAUCGUCUUUAGAAAAGCACCUUUCUGAACAAGAAACUGAAGAUGAAGGUAGAGAACCAACUGAGUUAGAAUUGAAAACUUUAAGACAUGUCUCAGAAACCAUUCCUUUAAGAUGUUGGUUAGUUGCCAUUGUUGAAUUAGCCGAAAGAUUUUCUUAUUACGGUUUAUCAGCUCCUUUCCAAAAUUAUAUGCAAAAUACUCCUCAAGAUUCUCCAAAGGGUGUUUUAGGUUUAAAUCAACAAGGUGCUACUGCCUUAUCAUACUUUUUCCAAUUUUGGUGUUAUGUUACUCCAAUUUUUGGUGGUUGGAUUGCUGAUACUUACUGGGGUAAAUAUAAAACUAUUUUUGUAUUUUGUAUUAUCUAUAUUGUUGGUAUUUUCAUUUUAUUCAUUACUUCUCUUCCAUCCAUUACCGAUAGAACUACUGCUUUAGGUGGUUAUGUUGCUGCCAUUAUUAUUAUUGGUUUAGCUACUGGAGGUGUUAAAUCAAAUGUUUCUCCUUUAAUUGCUGAUCAAAUUCCAAAAACCAGAGCUAUCAUUAAAGUCUUAAAAUCAGGUGAAAAAGUUGUUCAAGAUCCAAAUAUUACCAUUCAAAAUGUUUUCAUGUUCUUCUAUCUUAUGAUUAACAUUGGUUCUUUAUCUGUUAUUGCUACUACUCAAUUAGAAGCUCAUGUUGGUUUCUGGGCUGCCUACUUAUUACCAUUCUGUUUCUUCUUUAUUGCUGUCCUUGCCUUGAUCCUAGGUAGAAAUCAAUAUGUUAAAGUUCCAGUCGGUGAUAAAAUCAUUAACAAAACUUUCAAGUGUGCCAUUGUCGGUAUUAAAAAUGGUUUCAGCUUGGAUGCUGCUAAACCAUCAUUACAUCCAGAUAAGGAAUUCCCAUGGAAUGAUCAUUUCGUUGAAGAAGUCAAAAGAUCUGUUUACGCUUGUAAAGUUUUCGUCUUCUAUCCAUUCUAUUGGGUUGUUUACGGUCAAAUGUUAAACAAUUUCGUUUCUCAAGCUGGUGAUAUGGAAUUACAUGGUUUACCAAAUGAUAUUUUACAAGCCAUUGAUUCUAUUGCUAUUAUUAUUUUCAUUCCAAUCUGUGAAAGAUUAAUCUAUCCAUUCAUUAGAAGAUUCACUCCAUUCAGAGCUAUUACUAAAAUUUUCUGGGGUUUCAUGCUCGGUUCCAGUGCUAUGGUUUACGCUGCUGUCUUACAACAUUUUAUUUACAGUGCUGGUCCAUGUUAUGAUCAUCCAAAAGCUUGUGCUCCACAAUAUGCUAAUGUUCCAAACCAUGUUCACGUUGCCAUUCAAGCUCCUGCUUAUUUCUUAAUUGCCAUGUCAGAAAUUUUAGCUUCUAUUACUGGUUUAGAAUAUGCUUAUACUAAAGCUCCGGUUGCUAUGAAAUCAUUUAUUAUGUCUAUGUAUUUACUUACCACAGCUAUUGGUUCAGCUUUAGGUAUUGCUAUGUCAUCAACUUCCGAAGAUCCAAAAUUAGUCUGGACUUAUACUGGUUUAGCCGGUGCAUGUUUCAUUGCAGGUUGUCUUUUCUGGAUCUGUUUCCAUCAUUAUAAUGAUAAGGAAGAUGAAUUAAACAAAUUAGAAUUCAUUGAUGAAGAUGAAUUUGCUAAGGAAGCUGAUUUAGUUCCAGUUACAACCUUCCCUCAUUCUCUUAGAAGUCUUGCCUAGAGUUAACUAGAUUCCAGAAAAAGAUCUACUAACGAAAACUUAAAUUAAGUAAUCUUUUAAAUUAUUUGAUUUCUCAUAAUGUAUUAUUAUAGUUCCCAGCAUCAUUUUUUUUAUUAUCUACUAUUUGUUUAUUUAAAGUAUUCAUUUGCAUACCCUUUUUUUACGUAUAUACAACAAUUUAUAUAGUGGCAUUUAACGUUUUUAAUUUUAAUUUCAAUUUUUGUUCAAAAG